GGUUCAACCACAGAUAAUUGCUCUACAUCUAUUUCUUUUAUUCUGUUUCCACAUUUUUCUGAAAUGUGAAUUGUAUAGGGAGAAUCUAUUAGUUUAUUGAAGCUCGUUUAAAUCAUAUAAUAUACUAGAAAUGAAAAUAUAAAUAUUUUAUGAUUUUAUUGUUAUUGGGAGUUGUUAAAGUUUUUUGAGUUUAUAAGUUAAACAAUAGUUUGAUCAGUUUCCAAGUAAAAUUGCAAUAAAAUUCUAUAGUAUUAAGUAACUGAUAGUAUCAGAUUUGUUUGAGAGAGAGAGAGAGAGAGAGAGAGAGAGAGCAGUUGAAUUGAUGAACAAUGAGUAAAAACAGGCUUCUUGUCUUAAUCUGUGAACCCUUUCAAUGGAUUCAAAUGCUUUGUAAAGAACUAAACACAAGUUUUGUUUUAGGAGUAGUUACAGUUUACGGUUUCAACCAAGGUUUUUCAGGAUCAUUAUUUAGAGUAGUUUCAGAUUAUUAUUGGAAAGAUGUUCAGAAGAUUCAACCAUCAACUGUUCAAUUGUAUGUAGGGUUCUAUUACAUCCCAUGGAUUAUGAAACCAGUAUGGGGACUGUUGACAGAUAUUUUUACAGUCAACGGUUAUCAUCGGCGACCUUAUUUCGUCAUAUCUGGUAUUUUAGGUGUUGUAUCGGCCUUGAGUGUUGCUUUGGUUAAUGUUCAAUUCAUGCCAGCUUUUAUGGCUUUGAUUUGUCUUAUUGGGGUCACGGCGAGCAUGGCAAUUGCCGAUGUUACGAUCGAUGCUUGUAUUGCUAAAAAUAGUAUUCAAAUGCCAUCGUUGGCAUCCGAUAUGCAGAGUCUUUGUGGGUUUUGCACCUCUGUUGGUGCCUUGAUUGGGUUUUCUUCUAGUGGUAUGUUUGUUCACCAAUUAGGAGCUAAGGGAGCUUUGGGUUUAUUAGCACUUGCACCUAUAUUGUUGAUAAUGUUAGGGUUUUUCAUUUAUGAGUCGAGGAGCAACAGGCCUUCUAAUCAGAAGGCAACAACAGAGAAAGUGGCGGGAGCAAUGAAUGGGAUGUACAAAACCAUAAAGUACCCUCAAGUUUGGAAGCCUUCACUUUAUAUGUAUCUAUCAUUGGCUCUGAGUAUAAGCACCCAUGAAGGGCAAUUCUAUUGGUACACUGACCCUAAAGCUGGGCCUGCAUUUUCUCAGGAAUUUGUUGGGAUGAUCUAUGCAAUUGGUGCAGUAGCUUCCAUCGCUGGGGUUCUAAUCUACCACAAACUGUUAAAAGACUACUACUCCUUCAGGAAGUUACUCUUUUUCGCACAACUUCUCUAUGGCUUCUCAGGAAUGCUUGAUCUAACUUUUGUACUACGUUGGAAUCUGAAACUAGGGAUUCCUGAUUACUUCUUUGUAAUCUUCGAAGAAUGUGUUUCGAGGAUUGUUAAUAGAUUAAGAUGGAUGCCCAUGAUUGUGCUUAGCACUAAGCUAUGUCCUUUGGGAAUUGAAGGUACGUUUUUUGCUCUGCUGAUGUGCAUCGACAGUUUGGGUCAACUUUCUUCAAAAUGGUCUGGUGGAUUAGUUCUUCAUCUGUUUCAUGUUACAAGAAGUGAUUUUACUAAUUUAUGGUUAGUGAUGGUCAUAAAGAACGCUUUGAGGUUUUCUACUUUGGCAUUGAUUUUUCUUGUCCCUAAAGCGGAUCAAUAUGAAGUUUUGGUUCCCCCAGACUUGUUAAAGGGCGAGAACUUAAUGAACACAGCAGGAGAGGAAGAAGAAACAAUACAACUUGUAGCAAUGAAUGAGAAAAUAGAAGCAGUUGAAGGGUCUAGCUUAAGAGAAAGAUAGUUCACAGAAAUUCGCCAUCAUAAUCAUGGAGACUUCAAGACGCAGAUUUUUGUUUCUCGGGCAACUCUGGUGGUGCACCUCUACUCCCUCUUCAUGAUUGAUUUUUCUAUGACAAAUAAGUUGCUGAAUUCUCAAAUACAUCAUAUGUUUUUCUGCUUC